AUGCCGGCCAGACAACGAUCCAAAAAGCUGGUUCCCAGUCGCGAAGCAGAGAAUGGCUCUGCGCCAGAAGCAGAGCUGCCACAGGAAGACAGUGGCAGCGAGGUUGAGAGUGACAAUGAGAGCGUAGAAGCCAUGGAGAAGGAUGAGGAGGAAGAGGAGCUGGACAGACUGGUGUUUGGAGAUGUGGCGGGGUUUCAGCAUAUGUUGGGGCAGGGAAUGGAUGUGGACUCGGAGGGAUCAGACAGAGAGGUCGGCGAAGAAAGCUCGGAUUCUGGAGGACUCGAGCACGUUCAGGAUGCCGAUCUUUUUUUCAUGGACUCGGGUCCAGCUGCAGGUGAUUUCAGUGCUUUGCUAUUACAUCAGCCCGGAAAGGCAGAAGACGAGCCAGCGUGGGAAGACAGCGAGGACGAGCGACUGACGGUAUCGCUUGCUGGGAACUCACGGCUACGAAAACUCCGGGUCAACGAAGGGGAAGAUAUCAUAAGUGGCGGAGAGUACUCGAGAAGGUUGCGGAUGCACUUUGAACGCCUGAACAAUGUACCGGACUGGGCGCAGACGCAACGGCCUGCAAAGCGCCGUCGCAGAUCGUCAGCAGGCUCAGACUAUUCAAAUUCCUCGAACGGGAUGGAUGUGGACAGCGAGGAUCUCUCGACUUUGCCCCUGGCCCGCCUCCUCCAGAGCGCUAGAUCUCUGACAAAGACCCCAGUCAGCUCAGCAAAACGCGCGAAGCUUCGCCCAGAGGUCCUAGAUAUACAGCAGACACGAUCGAUUCCCGGCGCACAAUCUGCCCCUGUUACCUCGCUCUCUUUCCACCCCGAGUACCCCAUACUUCUCUCUUCUGGCGCAGAAUCUACGCUCUAUCUUCACCACAUCGAUCCGACCGCACACCCUACUCCCAAUCCACUCCUCACCGCCAUCAAAGUGGGCAAUACCCCACUUCACACAUCUGCUUUCCUAGAUCCGGCGGGAGAGAAGAUAUUCUUUUCGGGACGCCGACGAUACUUUCACAUCUGGGAUCUCCCAUCUGGCACGAUCGAGGCUGUCACCCGAGUCUACGGGCAAAAAGACGAGCAGAAGACAAUGGAGAGGUUCAAACUCAGUCCGUGCGGCCGGUACAUGGCGCUUGUUGGAUCCUCGAAAAAAGGAGGUGGUGUGAUCAACAUAUUAGACGCAGCAACGACGCAGUGGAUCGCCUCGAUGCGGAUAGAAGGGGCCAACGGCGUGGCGGAUUACGCGUGGUGGAGGAACGGCGAAGGAUUAACGGUCGUCGGCAAGGGAAGCGAGGUGGCCGAAUGGAGCAUCGCCUCCCGAUCUUACGUCGCCCGAUGGACCGACGACGGCCAUGCUCCCACGGUGCUCACCCUGGGCGGCGCGAACGGACCGCAGGCCCUGGGCGGCGACCGCUGGGUCGUCAUCGGUUCCCAGAGCGGCAUCGUCAACAUCUACGACCGGAGGACCUUCGUCUCCUCCGUCUCGGAUGACCACAACAACAAAAAUACGAAGAACGCCGUUGUUGCCAUCCCGCCGCGACCCCUGCCCAAGAAAUCCUUCGACCAGUUCACCACGCCCACGAGCACCCUCGCCAUCAGCCCCGACGGCCAGAUCCUGGCCUUCAGCUCCCACGCGAAGAAGGACGCCCUGCGCCUCGUCCACCUGCCCAGCUGCACCGUCUACCGCAACUGGCCGACGGACAAGACCCCCCUGGGCCGCAUCACCGCCCUGGCCUUUGGCAGGCGGAGCGAUCUGCUGGCCGUGGGGAACAAGAAUGGGAAGGUCCGCAUGUGGGAGAUUAGAGCUUGA